AUGGUUAACAGAGAGCUAAGCGUGUGCCAACAAACAUGGGCAUUAUUGUGCAAGAACCUGCUUAGGAAAAAGAGAAGGAAAAGAGACACUUUUUUGGAAGUCCUGUACACAGCAAUUAUACUAUUCAGCUCAUCUAUAUUUCCUAGAGUUCAUGAAGUUUAUGACUUUUCCUUGCUGCCUGAUGUGGACCUGGGACGUAUUGACUCAUUUAAUGACUCCACCACCUUUGUAAUUGCGUACACACCUGUCACCCCAACAACUCAGAGUAUAAUGAAUAAAGUCUCCUUGGCCUCCUGCAUGACAGGAAGAAAAAUAUUGGCUUUUCCGGAUGAAGGAAAUAUGACAGAACUCACUUCAAAACGCUAUGAUGAUGUAGUGAGGGUCAUAUUCACCAACACUUACUCCUAUCAUUUGAAGUUUCUGAAAGGAACAAGGAUCCCAGUCAUGAAGGAACACCAGGACCACACAGCUCAUUGCUACUCAUAUGGAGAUGAUAUUACUUGUGAAAUUUCACACUUCUGGAGAAAUGGAUUUGUGGCUUUUCAAGCCGCCAUUAAUGCAGCCAUCAUAGAAGUCACGACAAAUCACUCAGUGAUGGAAGAGAUGAUGUCAGUUACCGGAAAGUACAUGAAGAUAGACCCUUUCGUUGGCCAAGGAGGAAUAGUGACUGACACCUUCCUCUUUUUCUAUAUUAUUUGUUUUUCCCCACUCACCUACUAUAUCUCAGCUGGUGUUACAAGAGAAAGAAAAAAGAUGAAGGGCUUGAUGACAGUGAUGGGUCUUCAAGAUUCAGCAUUCUGGCUGUCUUGGGGUUUGCUCUACGGUGUCAUUGUCUUCAUUGUGACAAUUCUCUUGACAUUUAUUGUAAAAUUGGUCCAAUUUAUCAUUUUGACUGGAUUCAUGGUGAUCUUCAGUCUCUUUUUCUUCUAUGGCUUAUCUUUGAUCUCCUUGUCUUUCUUAAUGAGUGUUUUACUGAAGAAGUCUUUCCUCACGGACUUUAUGGUGUUCUUUCUCAUUGUUUCCUGUGGAGGGCUGGGGUUCACAGCAUUGUACAGAUACCUCCCCAUGUCCUUGGAGUGGGCUCUGAGUUUGCUCAGCCCCUUUGCCUUUGUGCUUGGAAUGUCCCAGCUCUUACACUUGGAUUUUGAUGUGAAUUCUAAUGCAAACCCGAUGGACAAUGCGCAUGUAAUCAUUGUCACAAUUUUCAUGUUGCUCUUUGAUAGUGUCCUCUACCUGCUGUUGACAUUCUACUUUGAAAAGGUUUUACCAAGUGAAUAUGGACGUCGGUACCCACCCUUGUUUUUCCUGAAGUCCUCAUUUUGGUCACGACAAAACCAAGCUGACCGGAUGACCUUUGACAAUGAAAUGGACUAUGAGUUUUCUGAUGACUCUUUUGAACCCGUGUCUACAGAAUUCCAUGGGAAGGAAGCCAUCAGGAUCAGAAGUCUUACAAAAGACUAUAUAGAAAAGUCUAAGCGCACAGAAGCUUUGAAAGAUCUGACACUGGAUGUAUAUAAAGGCCAGAUCACUGCAAUCCUUGGUCACAGUGGAGCUGGGAAAUCAACACUGUUAAAUGUCCUUAGUGGGUUGUGUGCUCCCACCAAAGGUUGCGUCACCAUCUAUAAUAACAAACUCUCAGAGAUGACUGACCUGGAAAGUAUCAGCAAACUCAUUGGCGUGUGUCCCCAAUGCAAUGUACAAUUUGACUUCCUCACUGUAAGAGAAAAUCUCAGGCUAUUUGCUAAAAUAAAAGGGAUUCAAGCACAUGAUGUGGAUAAUGAGGUGCAGAGAGUUUUGCUGGAACUGGAAAUGAAAAAUAUUCAGGAUGUUCUGGUUCAAAACCUAAGUGGUGGACAAAAGAGAAAACUGACUUUUGGAAUUGCCAUUUUAGGAGACCCUCAGAUUUUCCUGCUGGAUGAGCCCACUGCUGGGCUGGAUCCCUUCUCAAGGCACCGUGUGUGGAAUCUCCUGAAGGAGCGCAAAGCCGACCGCGUGGUCCUCUUCAGCACUCAGUUCAUGGAUGAGGCUGACAUCCUGGCUGAUAGGAAAGUCUUCAUCUCCAAGGGGAGGCUGAGGUGUGCAGGCUCUUCCUUAUUUCUGAAGAAGAAAUGGGGCAUUGGUUAUCACUUAAGCUUGCAGCUGAAUGAAACGUGUGCACAUGAGAGGAUCACAUCACUUGUCAAGCAGCACAUCCCUGAUUCCAAACUGUCAGCGGAAAGUGAAGGGAAACUUAGCUACAUAUUGCCCCUAGAAACAACAAAUAAAUUUCCAGAUCUUUACAGGGAGCUUGAGAGCAGUCCAGACCUGGGAAUUGAGAACUAUGGUGUUUCAAUAACAACACUGACUGAGGUGUUCCUGAAACUGGAAGGAAAGUCAGCGGUCGACCAGUCAGAUAUCGGUGUGCCAGAAGGUGUGCAAGCUGGAGGGACAAGGGGCACAAGGAGGCUUGCUGAGGUGGAACAACUUGUCUCUUUGCUUAAUGAGUCGAAUAAGAUGAAAGAGGGCAUGGCUCUCUGGUGGCAGCAGCUCUGUGCAGUUGCCAGGCUUCGCUUCCUGAAGUUAAAGUACGAGAGGAAAUCCAUCUUUAUUCUGAUUCUGAUUUUGGGGGUUGGUCUUCUGCACAUUUUGUCAGCAAAUGUACACAAGUUAGUGCGUGAAAGUGAUUACUCUUGGGAACUGUCUCCUCACAUGUACUUCCUCACUCCUGGCCAACAGCCGCAGGAUCCACUCACUAACCUACUGAUCAUCAACAAAACAGGAGCAAAGAUUGAUGACUUCAUACACUCAUUGGAGCGACAGAAUAUAGCUUUGGAAGUUGAUGCCUUUGGGACUAGACAUGACAUAGAAGAGAGUCUGUACAAUGGAGCUAUCAUACUAACAGGUGGCGAGAAGAAUUACAACUUUACAUUAGCAUGCAACUCCAAGAGGCUGAAUUGUUUCCCGGUUCUGGUUGAUAUUGUGAGUAACGCCCUGCUUGGAUUGUUUACACCGUCUGCACGCAUUCACACUGACCGCAGCAUGUAUUCUGAGGAUGACAGCCACAGACAAUUUCAUCAUAUAGCUUAUUUAUUCUCAUGGAUCAUCCUGAUGGCCUGUCUUCCUCCGUAUAUUUCCAUGACCAGCAUUGAUGAUUAUAAGAACAGAGCUCAGUUCCAGCUGUGGAUCUCAGGCCUCUGCCCAUCUGCAUACUGGUUUGGGCAGGCUCUGUUUGAGGCUCCAAUCUACUAUGCACUCAUUGUAUCUCUGUACAUUGCAUUCUUUGCCUUGGCCCCUCAAGAGACCAAGUUUACAACUGGAGAUCUGUUUAUGCAGAUUCUGUACGUUGCAGGCUAUGCCAUGUCAAUUAUUUUUAUGACUUAUGUGAUUUCAUUCAUUUGUCGCAAGGGGAGGAAAAAUAGUGGCAUUUGGUCACUUUGCUUCUAUAUUGCCGCUUUCAUUUCUUCUGUUUUUAUGUUUAUUUUUGAAUACACUCGGGACACCACACUGUAUUGCACCAGUGUCCUAAUUCCACCUGCUACACUGGCAGGUUGCACAUUACUACAUUUUGAGAACCGUGAAUAUCCUGAAAUAUUUUUAGAUGAACCAGGGAAGGAAUAUUCCUUUCUGCUGUUCCUAGUACCUUUCCUCCAUUUUGCCCUCUUCCUAGUUAUUCUCCGAUGUCUGGAAUGCAAGUUUGGAAUGAAAACAAUGAGAAUGGAUCCUGUCUUUAGAAUUUCUUCAAGAAAUGAUCGUGUAUUUAAAAAUCCAGAAGAACCAGAAGGGGAAGAUGAAGAUGUACGCCUGGAAAGAGCAUGGACAGCAAAUGCUUUGACUUCAGCGGGCGUCCAGGAGAAGCCAACUAUCAUUGCCAGCUGUCUUCGCAAGGAGUACAGGGGGAAGAAGAAAUGCUUCAUGCUCAAGGGCAAGAGGAAGAUAGCCACGAGAAAUGUCUCCUUCUGUGUUCGCAAAGGUGAGAUUGUAGGAUUAUUGGGACAUAAUGGAGCUGGUAAAAGCACGUCCAUUAAGAUGAUAACCGGAGAAACAAAACCAAGUGCUGGGCAGGUGCUGCUGAGAGGGAACAGCAGAGGGGACCAACUGGGAUUCUUGGGGUACUGUCCCCAGGAAAACGCUCUGUGGUUCAACCUGACAGUGAGGGAUCACCUACAGAUAUUCGCUGCUGUGAAAGGGAUGAACAAAAGUGACGCUGCGGUGGCCAUUGCAAGGUUGGCAGAUGCACUCCAGCUGCAGGACCAGCUGAAGUCUCCCGUGAAGACUCUGUCAGAGGGGGUGAAGAGAAAGCUGUGCUUUGUGCUGAGCAUCCUGGGGAACCCUUCUGUGGUGCUUCUGGACGAACCGUCCACAGGGAUGGACCCCGAAGGGCAGCAACAAAUGUGGCAGGCGAUCAAGGCCACCUUUACAAACACAGAGAGGGGAGCCCUCCUGACCACACAUUACAUGGCAGAGGCUGAGGCUGUGUGUGACCGCGUGGCCAUCAUGGUAUCUGGAAGGCUGAGAUGUAUUGGGUCCAUCCAACACCUAAAGAGCAAAUUUGGCAAAGAAUAUCUGCUGGAGAUAAAGGUCAAGACCCCCACACAGGUGGAGCCCCUCAACACGGAGAUCAUGAGGCUCUUCCCACAGGCUGCUCGGCAGGAAAGAUACUCCUCUCUGAUGGUCUACAAACUGCCUAGGGAAGAUGUGCAACCUUUAUCCCAAGCCUUCCUCAAAUUAGAGACCGUUAAACAGAGCUUUGACCUGGAGGAGUACAGCCUUUCACAGUCCACCCUGGAACAGGUCUUCCUGGAACUCUCCAAGGAGCAAGAGCUGGAUGGUUUUGAAGAGGAGCUUGAUUUCUCAGUGAAGUGGAAGCUCCUUCCACAGGAAGAGGCUUAACACUAAAGUUUUUAUCUAUGCUUGUUUUUCUUCUCUGAUAGCAUAAAGUAAUGCUAUCUUUAAUGAUACAUAUUCAUUAUUAAUGGGUAAAUCAUUUGACCAUGGAGAUAGAAGGCACUGAUUAUGUCAGGUGUGUACAGUUUUUAUGAAUGGGUUUAGGACCAUAAAAAGAAC